AUGUAGUCCCCUCUUAAUACAAAUGACAGCAUUGGAUAAAACAAUUUUUAUCAAAUGGCUGAUUAUGCAUAAAGUUCAAAUGAAGCAAGCUGCUUAGAUAUAUUAGGUAGCUAGGCUGGAAUUUUUAUUUAAUAGAGAUUCGAAUUUUUUAAGUCAUGAUAGGUAAAUUAGUUAGCCCUAUAAUAAGGGUUUUAGACUCCAAAUGUUUUUAAGGUGUUUGCAGCAAAUGAUUAAGGCGAUUAAAUAGAGCAAAAAGAGUUAUUCAAAUAUAAAGAAAAAUCAUCAACCUGUGCAAGGUUGACAUUAAGGUAUUUUUUCAUUUAAAUUUAGUCCAAAUUUUCGACCAUUUGAAAUGUUUGUUAGUAAUUAUGGAUGCAAAGACUUUUAACCUAAUUCAGAUUAAUUGUUCUAAGAGAACUCUGAUCGUAUCAUUUGGAAAUAUGAUCGAAAAUACACAUGCACCUGUUUUUGUUUGAAUAGGUAUUAAUGGUUUAUUCAUUUAUCAAUUUAGACUACGUUUAGAUGUUUAAUAUGUUGAAAAUGGAUAAAAUAAAAAUUUAGGUUAUAUUGUUAAUCCUUUCUAUUGUUGUCGACUUGGUUGUCAUAUUUAUGAUUUUGAGGAUAAAUUGAAAUAUAUAAUAGAGGCUAGUAUUUGCUAAUGUUAUUUUUGGUGCAGAUGUCCUUGUGGUGAUUAAUGUAAUCAUGUAGAAUUUGAUAUUAAAUCUCCUAAUGGAGAAGUAUAUAUAUAUAUUAAAUGCUUUAUUUAAGGUUGUUGCUCCUAUGAAAAAAAAAGUUAGAGGCUGUUGUCAAAAUUGGGCUGAUUUUGUUGAUAAUAUAAGUGUUGUAUUCCCUUAAAAUGCAUCAAAAGAAGACAAAGCAUUAAUUCUAGCAGCCGCCAUCAUGUUUAAGUACAUGUACUUUGAAAACAAGGAUGGUCCUUAGCCUUCUAAUUGA